AAAAAGGAAAGGCAGGGAAUUAAGUAGCUAUUGGUUGGUGACCUCGGGCCAAUCAGAAAGUGCCUAGUUUGGCGGGAGUCUUGACCGCAGCCAGGGCUCACGGUGUCUCCGAGCUCUCUGUGUUGUUGUGGCCAUGUUCGUGGCCGAUUUCCGCAAAGAGUUCUACGAGGUGGUCCAGAGCCAGAGGGUCCUUAUCUUCGUGGCCUCGGAUGUGGACGCCCUGUGUGCUUGUAAGAUCCUUCAGGCCCUAUUCCAGUGUGACCACGUGCAGUAUACACUGGUUCCAGUUUCUGGGUGGCAAGAACUUGAAACUGCAUUUCUUGAGCAUAAAGAACAGUUCCAUUAUUUUAUACUCCUAAACUGUGGAGCAAAUGUAGACCUAUUGGAUAUCCUUCAGCCUGAUGAAGAUGCCAUAUUUUUUGUUUGUGAUACCCACAGACCAGUUAAUGUCGUGAAUGUAUACAAUGCUACCCAGAUCAAACUACUCAUUAAGCAAGAUGAUGACCUUGAAGUUCCUGCGUACGAUGACAUUUUUAGAGAUGAAGAGGAUGAUGAGGAUCAUCUGGGAGAUGAAAGUGAAGAUGGAUCAGAGCCUUCUGAGAAGCGCACACGGUUAGAAGAGGAGAUAGUGGAACAAACCAUGAAGAGGAGGCAGCGGAGAGAGUGGGAGGCCCGGAGAAGAGACAUUCUCUUUGACUAUGAGCAGUAUGAGUAUCAUGGGACCUCGUCAGCCAUGGUGAUAUUCGACUUGGCAUGGAUGAUGUCCAAGGACCUGAAUGACAUGUUGUGGUGGGCCAUCGUUGGACUGACAGACCAGUGGGUGCAAGACAAGAUCACGCAAAUGAAGUACGUGACUGACAUUGGUGUCCUGCAGCGCCAUGUGUCCCGGCACAACCACCGGAAUGAGGACGAAGAGAAUGCCCUUUCUGUGGACUGCACACGCAUCUCCUUCGAGUACGACCUCCGCCUGGCACUCUACCAGCACUGGUCCCUCCACGACAGCCUGUGUAACACGUGCUACACGGCCUCCAGGUUUAAGCUGUGGUCUGUGCAUGGGCAAAAGCGGCUCCAGGAGUUCUUUGCAGAUAUGGGUCUCCCUCUGAAACAGGUGAAGCAGAAGUUUCAAUCCAUGGACAUCUCCUUGAAGGAAAAUUUGCGAGAGAUGAUUGAAGAGUCUGCGAAUAAAUUUGGGAUGAAGGAUAUGCGUGUGCAGACAUUCAGCAUUCAUUUUGGGUUCAAGCAUAAGUUCCUGGCCAGUGAUGUAGUCUUUGCUACCAUGUCACUGAUGGAAAGUCCCGAGAAGGAUGACUCAGGGACGGAUAACUUCAUCCAGGCUCUGGAUUCUCUCUCCAGGAGUAAUCUGGACAAGCUGUACCGGGGCCUGGAACUCGCCAAGAAACAGCUGCAAGCCACACAACAGACAAUUGCCAGUUGCCUCUGCACGAACCUUGUCAUUUCCCAGGGACCCUUCCUCUACUGUUCUCUCAUGGAGGGUGCCCCAGAUGUCAUGCUGUUCUCCAAGCCAGCAUCCCUAAGCCUGCUCAGCAGACACCUGCUCAAGUCCUUUGUGUGUUCGACAAAGAACCGGCGCUGCAAGCUGCUGCCUUUGGUGAUGGCCGCACCUCUAAGUGUGGAGCAGGGCACAGUGACCAUGGUGGGCAUUCCCCCAGAGACUGACAGCUCGGACAGAAAGAACUUUUUUGGACGGGCGUUUGAGAAGGCAGCAGAGGGCACUAAUUCCCGGACACUGCACAACCAUUUUGACCUUUCAGUAAUUGAACUGAAAGCAGAGGAUCGGAGCAAGUUUCUGGAUGCACUUGUUUCUCUCUUGUCCUAAGGCAUUUGAUUUCUUCAGAAAUUACUUCCUCCUUAUUUAUAUUAACUGGCUUUUAUUCAGGUAGUAAGUUAUGGAUAAGAGU